GUGUCAAAAUCUAUAACAAAAAUAACAUUUUUUACUAAAUAGCCUGAUUGCUUUAUUGUGUGCAUGAUUUUAAAUGCCAGCUAAAUUUUGAAAAUGACAGAAGCUCAAUUGAAAAUAAGUGAAUGCAUAAAUUCACACGAUGAGGGAACAAUAACAUCAAUAACAUCAACAACUACUCUGAAGCACCAAAUGGUCCGGUCUCCUGCUAAUUUUGCGAGAUUAAAAUGCAACACUGAUUUGAAUGUGCCGCCAUCAAAUUGGCUUAGUAGCUCGUUCAACUCAUAUGGCCUUCAGCAAGCAUUGUCUCAAGCAACAGGGUUCUCGAGUUUCCGAAUGGCACAUCUGUUCCCUGAUUGUCUCAGUGAGGUGGAUGUGGUCACAAAUGCUGAAAACAUAAAGCGUUUAUUAAAACUACCAUAUGACGCAUCGAAUUGUGCCAUAAGUAUGAUGGUUCAUCGCAUCGGAAAUACUCUGCUUAUUGACGAUUUCGAUGUGCAUCGAUUUUUGCUGCAACAGGAGGAUGGAAUUUAUUGGAAGUGGUUGAAAUCAUUCAUUUGUGAACACUUUAUGACUCGCCUAAAUGAACAAGAACGAAAUGUCUUGAACAAACAGUCUACGUUCAAUGAAUCAAAGCAUCAACGGAGUCUUUUGUCAAAAUUUCUUUAUCAUAGCUUAAAAGAAGUUACAACUUCAGAUUCUGAAGAUGCUUUGAACAUGGAUAUUGGACCCGAUUUCACUAAAAAUGAACGAUUACUGCUUCCCGAACCAAAUGUUGAAGAUGUUUUUCCCGAUCCGAAACACACAAAACACACUUACAAUCGAAACGUAAUUUGGCAGCUAAAUAACACCAAAAUGUUGAUUGGGACAGAUGUUCCCAUUUUCGGAACAGGGCCAUGCAUAAGCUUGCGAUUAAGAGAUAUGAGACAGCCUAUAAACGUCUUGACUGGGAUUGAUUACUGGCUGGAUAAUUUGAUGUGUAACGUACCUGAGAUUUUGAUGUGUUAUCACCUUAACGGUUUGGUACAAAAAUAUGAAAUUAUUAAGACGGAAGAUCUCCCUUUUAUCGAUAACUCACAAUUUUCACCUACUAUUAUAAGAAAUGUCGCUCAGAAUAUUUUAUCGUUUCUUAAACAAAAUGCAACGCAACCUGGGCAUACUUAUUGGCUAUUUAAAUCGAAAAAAGAUGACAUCGUGAAGUUGUACGAUUUAACAUCACUAUGUACAUGUGAUGGUGAGUUUUCUCCGCAAUCAGAAAACGAUAAACAAAACGAUAAACAUAAAAAAAGUGAUGAAGACCAACAAUCCCCGUUCACAAUCCCCGUUGCGUGCGUUUUGUAUAAAGUUGCAAAAAAUAUGAAAAAUUCAAAAGAUCGCAUCGAAGCAAAGCAGGCUGGCUCAAUAAAAGCCCUACUAGAAAACUGCAUCAAACUUUUACCAAAAGAACAAUAUCCGCAGAUCGUAACAAGCAGUUUCUAUUUGCUAUCGGAUUUACAAAUCCCGGCCGGAACCGAUCCCAUAUCUCCAAAAUUUAUUAAUGAAGUCGAUAGUGAAUCUGAAUCCAUCUAUGAUGAUUUUGACAGUAAUAGUAGUGAGGGAGAUGAAAUGUCAGCUAAUGAUGUCCUUGAAAACACUGUCAUUGACACAAAUACGGAAGCAAGCAUUCAUAAAAAGCGAAGUGAAAACCAUUUUCCACCACCAUUGACUGGAAAUAUUGAUGAGAGAUGCACGCAUGCAUUGGAGUCUAUACUGAAUGGAUUGAAUUGUUUGCAAUAUUUUUCGAUAAGUGAGGAAAGUGAGAAAGAAGAAAUUGAAAAACAAGCUGAAAAAAUGCGAAUCAUUCAAGAAGAACAGAAUCCAAAUAUGGCAAAACGAAACCAAGCUAUUCCGUUGCCAUAUGAAGAAUUACAAAGUACAACCGAAAAAAAGAAUCUGGAACGCAAAAAAUUACCUAUCAUCGAUGAUUGGAAUACACACCUGAAAUUGCUCCUUAUUGAAAAGUCAUGUUUAGUUUAUGCAAUACUAACGGAGCAAGAAUAUCAAGAAUCAUGUUACGGUAGUGCUUUGAAAUACAUUUCAAUUGCAACAAAAUGCUACGAAAUUGUUUCAAAGCAAGCUUCCAAUUACUUAUCGAAUUUCAUUGAAGAUAAUUAUCGUACAAAUCUAUUUAGCAGAAGAGGAGAUUGCUACUUUUUAAUGGCCCAAAAUAUCAACAAAAUUGAAUCAUACGUGGACCAAUAUAAGAAUAUGAAACGAGAUGUUGAUUUGAAAAUUGAAAAAGAAUUACAAAAAGAUUUUACGUCACUGAAUACUCAUACUUUAGAUGACGUUGAAUUACCGACUAAUAUUGAGCAAUUGAUUUUAUUAAGUAUAAAAAGCUAUGAAAUGGCUUUACGCUAUGCAAAUGGAAAAGAAUCACGGUUUGAAAUACUUGGUCGAAUUGGUAGCGUAAAAAAUGAGUUGGGCGUAAAAUAUAUGCAUUGGUCUCAAGAAGAAUACGAAAAAAAAUAUAGAUCGCAAGCACAAUCAGCAAAUAAUCUUUCAGGUGGCUUUGACGACAAUGACAAACAACAAACACCAGAAUUAAUGUAUGUGAAACUUGCCAAAAAAUCGUAUGAAUGUUUUGUCGCUGGGAUUAGUUUGUUCGAAGAAAUUAAAGAUGACGCCAAUUUAUGCAUUUUGCUAUGUAAUAUGGGACGUUUUAUGAGAUUUCGUGCACACAUUGAAGACAAUGACAACUUCGGAUUCAAGAAAAUUUGUUAUGAGCGUGCAUUUUGUUGGUAUCAGCGUGGAUUAACUAUUUUGGAGUCAAAAAAGCAUAGUCCGCAUCUCUCGUCAUUAUGGGAUCUUUUAACAUAUGAAUUAUCAUCUGGAAAAUUUACAUUGGCUAAACUUAUGCAAGAUAAUUUUCGAACUAAAAUGGAUGAAGUCACCAAACAUGAAAUUAUUGAAACAUUGAUGGGAUCAUUGAAACUAUGCGACACACAGGCAUGCAAUUCUCGACAGCAAAUUUAUAUGAUUCGCACAGGACAAAUCUACGCAAAUCUUGCCAAUAUCUACGCUGAAGAGUACAAAUGUGCUGACAAUGCACGAAGGAAAAAAUUAAUUAAUCUUUGUAACUUAUAUUAUGAGAAAAGCGUUAAAGUCUUCAAAAAUAUUGAUGCAUUUGCCGAGUUUUUGGAGGUUCAAAUAAAUCGCAUGGAAUUUCAAAAUACUUUAUUUGAAGGCUCUCACACAGCUUCUCAAAAGUGUAAAUGUCUCCAUACAUCUUUAAAAAUUGCUUUCGAAAACAUUGAUGAUUUCAUGAAGAUGGACAAAUUUGAUAACAAUAUAAAUUUAUUGAAACAAUUUGAAUCGAUGUUACAAAGAAGUUUGAGAAUUUUGGUUCAAUCCGCAAUACAAAAAUAUAGUGAUGCCACUAGAUUAAAACAAGUAUAUAGUUUCUCGCUUCAAUCACACAUAAACCGAAACGAUUUCAAUGCAUUUCGUCUGCAUAUUGCAAAUACAUUAAAUCAAAUUCAAGCCAAUUUUCAAUUCAUUUGAAAUUUUAAAGAUUGUUUUAAAUAUGAAUAGGUAUUUGAAGUUCAUAACGUCAAUAAGAAAAAAUGAAAUAAUGUAUAAAAAAAUAAUCAAUGAAAUGAAAUUUUGAGAAUAAACUCAAACUAUAGUCAUUAAAUGUGUAAUGGUUUUAGUAAAUUCUAACGUUGAAAAAUGUAACGUUUUGGCCCAUUCUGGUAGUCAUUUUCGUGUCAAAUGGAACGGAGAUCAUAUGCAUAAUUCAAAUGUUUCUGGAUUUUUUCAGUCAUUAGAAGCCAAACCACUUGUUAAAUAACCACAAACUAAAUAACAAGUGGUUUGGCUUCUAAUGAUUGAAAAAAUCCAUAAACAUUUGAAUUGACGGCCUAA